AGCUUUUAGACGCUUAGCGGAACGUACAGUCUUGAGGUAAUGUUUCCGCCCGACUACUUUAUAGGAGUGGACCCGUGAAGACAGCAAGGAUGGAAGUGAGGGACUCUAAUGCUGCUAUGCUCAGCAAUUAUGAGGUGUAUCAGUUGCUGAUGGAGCUGAAAGAGAAGAGGAAAGAGAGCGUUAAAAACAAGCACAGCACUGGGCAGCAGAACCUUAACACUAUAAUGUAUGAGACACUUAAGUAUCUCUCCAAGACACCAUGCGCUCACCAGAGUCCUGAGAUAGUGAAAGACUUCCUUAGUGCGAUGCUUCCACACAAACUCACCAAAGCAGAGAAACUGCAGCUGCUGAACCACAGACCACAGACGGCUGUUGAGAUCCAACUGAUGGUAGAAGAAAGUGAAGAACGGUUGACAGAAGAACAAAUUGAUGAGCUUAUUCAGACUGUCACAGACAUCCUUCCUGGUGAUCCUCAGCAAGAAGGUGGUGCCACAGAAGAUGCUGAAAUGGACGCAAGCACAGAUCAGUGAUUAAAAAAAUCCAGGAAUUCAGUAGGCAAAUAAGGAGAAACCCUGAAAACUGCAUCAUUUGGCUUACUACUAACAUUUGUACAUAAAUCCAUUUUAACUGAAAAAACACUGAUCUUCCACAUGAACUUGUUAAUACAUAUUGCCUUCACGCCUGCAAUAUUUUACAUUCAUUUUUUGCAUAACAUUUUGCAACUGAAGCUUGCAGCAUGUUUGGACAUUUACUAUCAGAUCAGCAUUGUCCGAGAUACUGAAGUGAGAAUGGAAAAAUGCUAUCUUUAUACUUCUUAGUCGUAUACUGUUAAACCACAUAAGCCAGUGUAUGUGACAUUACCCAACAAAAAGGCAGGGUUUGAGACAAAUAAGCAGUUUGCACAAUGCUGAACUGUUGGCUGUAAGCUUCCCUUGCUUAGCUCCAGUGCAAAAUUAAAGAAGGAAUCCUUGCAAACCAAACAUGCUUUAAGGAGCGAAUUGUGUAAAGCUAAGCUGUAAUUGAAGCAUUUUGAGGUUCAUUACAUUAAUGAAAGUUUGUAUUACUUAUAUUCAUUGUGAUUAAUUAAAGCUGGAUCAUGACAUA